AUGGCCCAAAGUGGGGUAGUGAACACCUCUCCUACGGGAGAGGCAAAUGAUGUGAGCCUGGAGGAACCAAAGAAGAUGUCUAGGGAAGAUUGGAGGAAAAAGAAAGAAUUGGAGGAACAGAGAAAACUAGGAAAUGUACAUGCUGAAGUGGAUGAAGAAGGAAAAGAUAUCAACCCUCAUAUUCCUCAGUACAUCUCUUCAGUACCAUGGUACAUAGAUCCUUCUAAAAGACCCACACUAAAGCAUCAGAGACUUCAGCCAGAGAAGCAGAAACAGUAUAACUCCUCUCGAGAUUGGUACAAAGGAGGACUUCAGGAGCACAGUGUGGCCACGAGGUACCGCAAAGGAGCCUGUGAGAACUGCGGGGCACUCAUGCACAAAAAGAAAGACUGCAUGCAGAGACCCAGGAAAAUUGGAGCAAAGUACACAGGCAUGAAUAUUGCCCCAGAUGAACAUGUGCAGCCUCAGCUGACACUUGAUUACGAUGGGAAGAGAGACCGGUGGAAUGGCUAUAACCCAGAGGAGCACAUGAAGAUUGUCGAGGAAUAUUCCAAGGUUGAUUUGGCCAAAUGUACACUGAAAGCUCAGAAGCUUCAGGAGGAGUUUGCAUCAGGGAAGCUGGAGCAAGUUAACUCCCCAAGACACCAAUGGGGAGAAGAGGAAUCGAAUUCACAGACAGGAAGCGAUCAUAACAGUGAAGAUGAAGAUGAAGACAAAUAUGCAGAUGUCAUUGAUAUGUCCGGGCAGAAAUUUGACUCUAAAAGAUGCAUCACAGUCCGAAAUUUACGUAUUCGGGAAGAUAUUGCAAAAUACUUGAGGAAUCUAGAUCCAAACUCUGCGUAUUAUGAUCCCAAAACAAGAGCGAUGAGGGACAACCCUUAUGCCAAUGUAGGCAAGAAUCCAGAUGAAGUUAGUUAUGCAGGUGACAACUUCAUUCGCUGCACAGGUGAUACCAUUUCAAUGGCACAGACUCAGUUGUUUGCCUGGGAGGCUUGUGACAAAGGCUUUGAAGUUCAUCUUCAAGCAGACCCUACAAAAUUAGAGCUCCUUUAUAAAUCCUUCAAAGUGAAAAAAGAAGAUUUCAAGGCACAGCAGAAAGAAAAGAUCCUAGAGAAGUACGGAGGACAAGAACAUUUAGAUGCCCCUCCAGCUGAACUGCUGUUAGUUCAAACAGAAUUCAUUUUGCUGGUGGCAGAGUAUUUCCCCACAGUUCUUUGUCUUCAAUCCUUCUUCUUCAUUUCUGCCAUCCGGUCUGCUGAAAAGGGCUUCCGAGGGAAAAUGAAUAUUAAGUCAGUUCCUCGGGAGCAUGAAUGGGGAGAUGAGCUCAUGAAUGAAGAGGCGUUUUCCCCAAUCCAUAUCAACCUUGAUGGCUGGGUGCUUCACAGUUUCACCACCCCAGAGGACCGAUUCUGA